AUGGCUUCCAAGAUCCACCCCACGAUCAAGCUCGCCAGUGGCUACGAAAUCCCUAAAUUAGGCUUCGGGGUCUACAAGACUCCACCAGAUGAGACAGAGCGAUGCUGUCUCGAGGCCUUCAAAGCAGGCUAUCGUCACAUCGAUUCAGCCGCCAAAUACUACAACGAAGCAGGCUGCGGCAACGCCAUUCGCUUAUCCGGACUCCCACGGGACCAAAUAUUCUUCACAUCCAAAGUAGGAGAUAUCAGCUACGAAAAAGCCAAGUCACAAAUCGACAAGACCCUCUCCGAAUCAAAGCUCGACUACAUAGACCUAAUGCUCCUACACAACCCCUUCGGUGGAUCUGAAAACCGGAAAGGCGGGUGGAAAGCCCUAGUGGAAGCUAACGAAGCCGGCAAAGUACGCUCUAUCGGCGUAAGCAACUACGGGGUGCACCAUCUAGAUGAACUGGAGCAACACAUCAGUGAACUAGAAGCGGAGCGUGGUGGAAAAGGUAAAGGCGGGACGGUAAGUGUCAAUCAGAUCGAGCUUCAUCCUUGGCUGGCGCAUACAGAAAUUGCGAACUGGUGCAGCGAACGUGGCAUCGCGGUUGAAGCCUUUUGUCCCAUUGUGCGUGGUACUCGCUUUGAAGAACCGGUAGUGAAGAGGCUUGCGGAGAAGUAUGGCAAGACCCCGGCUCAGGUGCUUAUUCGGUGGAGUAUUGAUAAGGGAUACAUUCCGCUGGUUAAAAGUGUGACACCGGAACGCAUUGUUGCUAAUGCGGAGGUUUUCGAUUUUGCACUUACGACUGAAGAGGUCUCGGAGCUUGAAACGGAUGAGUAUAGUCCUGUUUCGUGGAAUCCUACUCAGUCCAAAUUAGAGGAUUGA